AUGUCACCUCCCGAUAGCCCAACGAUUAAUUACUUUUCCAUGCUAAGACUGACCCAGCAAAUGGGAUUGAAGUCAAAAUCGGAUAGUAUCCAUUCGGCACCUGCAUCGCCAAUCUCUGCCGAACCCCAAAGCUACUUUCCAUCUGUACCUGCACCUGCACCCGCUUCUCGGGCCAAGCGGCGAUUCACCUUACCGAUAUCUCGAAACAGACUUCCAUCGACUUUCGAGAUGGAUUCCACUGCUGUGGACAGUAUAGUGCCAAUGGCGCUGGUACAGGGUGUACCAAUGCUGAAGAUCUCAAGUAAGAAGAUGAAACAGGUCAUCAUUAGGGUGAAUAACGGAGGGAUAUCUUGGUCUUCCAAGAAAGAUAACACAGUUUCGAUAAGCGAAGUUCGCGAUUUGCGAUUGGGUCAACCACCUUCCGACACCUAUAACAGCUCACGUUGGAUCACCAUUGUCUACGUCCGAGGUACUCAAUGGAAAGUGCUUCAUAUGGUCGCUCUUACAGACGAAAUUUACAACUUAUGGGUACAAACUCUUAAGUCGUUGGUAUCAGUCACUUUGGAUAGACACGUCGCGGAUGUCACUCCUGCGGAUCCUGAUCUGAUUUGGAUCAGACAACUAUGGCCUAUAGGAUCGAAGGUCAUUGAUAGGCAAAAGGCGGAAGCUCUGUGCACCCAGAUUGGUUUACAGAUACCUGAUCCUGUUGCCAAAACCAUCGAUGGUGUGCUCGACAUGUCGACUUUCCAUCAACUGAUCAAAGAUUGUCAAACUCGACCUGAUAUCGCCAAAAUCCACAGUGAACUCUCCGAAGACGGCCCUCUCGACGCAUCUCGAGUCAAUCAAUUCUUGAAAGACACUCAAAAGUUGACAGACACUCAAGCAGUCUUCGAGAAAUUCAAACAUGAUGGAGAAGAUCAUUGGACCCUCGCGUCUUUGACCGAGUUUCUGUGCUCAGCCGACAACACCGCAAACAUGUCACAAGAUAUGACUCACCCCAUUCAGCAUUAUUUCAUCUCCAGUUCGCAUAACACUUAUCUGGUUGGUGAGCAAUGGAGAGGCGAGAGUACGGUCGAGGGGUACAUUAGGGUUCUGUUAGCUGGUUGUCGAUGCGUUGAGAUGGAUGUGCAAACGGGUGAUCUUGAACCUGUCGUGUAUCACCGAAAGACUCUUACUUCGAGUGUUUCGGUCCGAGAUAUCUGCCGUGCGGUCAAUCAGUACGCUUUCGUCGCCUCGCCCUAUCCAGUCAUCAUCUCAGCGGAGAUUCACUGUUCGUUCGAACAACAGAAUCGCUUGGCAAUCAUCUUGAAGGAAGUCUUCGGCGACAGAUUGGUCACCGCUCCUCUCACUGGGGAAUGUACCGAUUUGCCCAGUCCGGAACAAUUGAAGAAUCGAAUCAUGUUCAAAGCUAAACCACCAAAACCCGAACCGAAAUCACCUAAAUUACUGCCGUCUCCCGAUUCCGCUACAUCUUCCACAGAAUCCGACUCUGGUUUCGCCAGGUUAACUCGAAGGUUAUCAAUUCAGGGUAAAACUGAGAAACCAGAUGCCUUCUCGCCCCAACUAGCCGAGCUGUUGGUUUACACAACCGGUGUAAAGUAUAAAGGUUUUUCGAAGUUGAACGAAUAUGAAACGAAGGAACAAUUUAGUGUCUCUGAACGUACGGCAGCCAAGAUCGUUAAGGAGAAUAAAGCCGAUUGGGUCAAACACAAUUUCAAUCAUAUCUCGAGAGUUUAUCCCAGAGGCACGAGAUUGACCUCAUCCAAUUAUGAUCCUACGGUCGCUUGGAGUGCAGGUUGUCAGUUGGUAGCGCUCAAUUGGCAAACACUUGAUGAAGCUACAUUACUCAAUCACGCCAUGUUUCACGCUUCAAAUGGAUACGUACUCAAGCCAUUAGCCCUCCGUCAGAAAGUGCAAGAGAUACCUACAAGGUAUCGAAUCAAGAUCCAGGUGAUAUCCGGUCAACGAAUGCCAUUAUCACCUGAUCUAUACGUCGAAGCCACUUUGAAGCCCAUUUCGAACUACUCGUCAUGGUCUUCGGCAUCUUCCACUUCGUCUUCUUCAUUAUACGAAUCUCCACCUUCCAGCCCAACUUUCAGACGAACGCGAAUAUCCAGUGGAGUAACGUUGAACCCCAAUUGGAACGAAAUGAUCUCAUUCGAACUUACCAUCCCCCCAUCGAGUCUGAUAUUGAAUUUCUUGCAUUUGGAAAUCAAGAAUAGACAAAAUGGUUUGAUAGCUCAAUGGAUCAGACCUCUCGAUCUGACUCCCAAGGGAUAUCAUCAUUUACCGUUAUAUGAUCCGAUGAUGAGUAGAUUUGUCUUUGCUACGCUGUUUACCAAGAUUGAUAUAGAUAUUUUGGGUUCCGGUUCAACUUGA